CAUGGAAGAAAAGGGCACAGUUAGAAGGAGGUUGGGACGAUAACAGAAUCAAUGCUCUCCCUUUCCUCCAUGCGACUAUAUAACCUCCGAGACAUGUCGUUUGACAUUGAGACAUCACCAAUCGACGACAUUACAGCACAACAGAGAAAAAACAUACUCUCAAUCUUCACACUUCAUUACCUACCUAAUUGUCCAACUUCAAUCCCCUCUGUUUACUAGCCAUGAACAAGUUCAUCUCAGUUUUGACUCUCGCCUCGGUCGCGUUGGCUCUUCCUCUUACAUCCUAUGAUGAUUGUGAGAAGGCUUACAACGCUUGUAUCGCGGCUGGAACACCAGAAGUAGUAUGCUCUUGCACGCUGACAGCUUGUGUUGGCGAAGAUAGUGCACGGAUUCAAGAAUACUGUUCUUCUGCCACGGCAUCUCUCGCGCAGCCUACCAAAACAGAUAUUGCAUCUGCCAGCAAGAACGAUACAGUUCCCAUCGAGACCUUCACUCCAAUCCCUGGUAUCCCAGGAGGCUGCAAUCCUGCUCACCCUGGAUCAUGCCCGCCACCUUAUCAUACGGGACUUCCACCAACCUUCACCCCAAUCCCUAUUGUCCCUGGGGGUUGUAGCCCAGCUCACCCAGAGCUUUGCGUUUCAGCUCAUAUCACCCACACUACGACGUCAACCGCAACUCACCCCUCCUUUCCCGUCCCGACCAACGGUACCCAACCAGCGCCUGGUAUUUACCCUGUCCCCAUGCCUGUUAUCGGCAAAACUUGGGCCAUCCAGAAUCUCACCCGUUAUUGCGGUGAAGAUGACGAUGGAUGUGAUUAUAACUUCGCGGUUGAGGCUGAUGGCAAGACUGAGAGGUGUACCGUCAUUCGUAUGCCUGGCUCUAAUGCUGCUACAGAAAGUUGGACCAACGAACCUUGCACUGAUGGAUCUAGCUUGAGCAUCUCUUGGGGUUAUGUUACCGAGCCUGCUCCUGCUUUUGCUGUCAUGACAGUCGUGAGAGGUACAGAGCUCGCUUGGUUCGGCGUGAGCGAUGUGAACGGACAACAGGCCACACCAUCGAACCCCUACGGAUCCGGGGACUAUGGCGCCCUGGGGCCGGAACAGGUUUACACCUACUAGGCAACGAAGAUAAAUACUUAUACGCUACCCGGGAACAUAACAGAGGCGAAAGGGUUGAUAGGGAGAUGUUUUAAUGGGAACAAGAUAAUAUUGGAAUCUUAGAUCAUACAGGUAGAUUAAGAUGGUACUUUAGUAUAUAUAAUUGUAAUAGAAACAGAUAGCAGUAAUUAAAUACACGUUUGAACCAAUUUACUGCUUGUUGACACAUGG